CAGGUCCAGCAGUAAUUACACCAUUGACGUUGACAAAUGACGACUGCAUCCCAUCAUAUACUCUCUUCUACAAAUAGCCAACCAAUAUAUAUACACACACAUCAGAAGAGCAACUCCAAACGAUAUAUAAGUAGCCAAUCCAUCUUCUUUUUCCCUUGAGUAAGACCAACAAAUUACCAUCAUCAUAGAUUUUUUCUUUUGCGUGGACAAACAAGAAGAAGAGUGAAAAUGAACGAAACAGGGGGAGCUUCAGCAAUGUCAUUUCCAGCUUUAACAAUCCCACCACGUCCCUCAUUCGAUUCCUUUUUCAGUAACAUGCCCUCUUUUAGCCCUGGUCCAAUGACUUUAGUUUCGAGUUUCUUCUCAGAUCAGAGCCCUGAUAGUACUGAUUGCCCUUCUUUCUCUCAGCUUCUUGCCGGAGCCGUGGCUUCGCCGACCGUUUUGCCUGGCGAUUCUGGAGAUCAAAAGAAGUCUGGGUAUAAGGAGAAUCGGCCCCUGGGGCUGGUGUUGGCUCAAUCUCCUUUGUUCAUGAUUCCCCCUGGUUUGAGUCCUUCUGGAUUCCUUAAUUCCCCUGGAUUUCUUAGCCCACUUCAGAGUCCCUUUGGGAUGUCACACCAGCAGGCUCUAGCACAUGUUACAGCACAGGCUGCUUUUUCUAGCUCGAUGGAAUCUUCAGACAAGGAGGGUAAGCAAUUUGAACUGCUCGAGGUUUCUCAAUCUGAGAAUAAGACAUCCUCUGUUGCUCUCAAUAAACCAGCUUGUGAUGGUUAUAAAUGGAGAAAAUAUGGCCAGAAAAAGGUUAAAAGUAGUGAAUGCCCUCGGAGCUACUAUAAGUGCACACAUCUCAAAUGUCAAGUGAAGAAGAAGGUUGAGCGAUCCGUUGAUGGUCACAUAAGUGAGAUCACAUAUAAUGGCCGGCACAACCAUCAACCUACCAAACAAAGAAAAGAUGGUUCUGCUUUGGAUAGUACUGAAUGCUCCGAAGUUCCAACCCAAAUGGCAACUGAACUUCUUGUGAAAACAGAAUGUGAUGAAACCGAAAUCAAUUUGAUAGAAGUGGAUGAGUGGCACGAUGAACCAGAUGCAAAGAGAACGAAGACGGAAGUUGAGACUCUAGCUUCAUCACAUGGCACAGUAGCUGAAUCCAAGAUUGUUCUGCAGACAAGAAGUGAAGUUGAUUUGUUAGAUGACGGGUACAAAUGGCGAAAAUAUGGGCAGAAGUUGGUAAAGGGGUCUCAGCACCCAAGGAGUUACUAUCGGUGCACAUAUGGUGGAUGCAAUGUCCGCAAACAAGUCGAGAGGGCUUCAACUGAUCCAAAAGCUGUCAUAACAACGUACGAAGGCAAGCAUAAUCAUGAUAUUCCCACUGUUAUUAGGAAUAGAGGAACGAGGAAUAAAUACAGCUAAAGAUACUUAGCAUUGAGAACGUAAGAAAUUGUGAUUUGGAGGCUUUCGGUUCACAAAAAUAUUUUGGUUUCUAGAAACAACAUUGAAAUACCCGUUUGUGAAAGGAUUGUAACAUGAGUAGCAUUGCCAAAAGUAAAAGGGUGAGAGGAUGUG